GAAAGCCUUGGUCCAGGGGCUGGGGAGCAGCAGCCUGCCUGCCUGCCUCCCGGGUGCGGUGCACUCAGUGCCUGAGCCCUGAUGCACCCAGAGUCGGAUUUCUUUGUUUUCAGGGCUGCGAGCACUAAAAAGGGAAAACACUGGGGGACAACAAGACCCGAAACAGGGGAAGGCAGGCGGGAGGAAAGAGAAAGAGAGCUAAGGAUUUCAGAGAAUCAGAACCACCAGUGAGCAAAAUUUGCAGCAUCUGCAGAGAGAGAAUGAGGCAAAGGAUAACAGCACAAUCAUGCCUUCAAAAAUAUGAAAGUCAUGGAGUAAUGAAAAGAAGGAGGAGCUGGAGGUCUUUGCUUCAAUAUCCUGGUCUGCCAAGCUGUGUGACUUUAGUAAAUAUGUUUAGAUAUUUCCGGAUCAAGAGAAGGAAAAAGAGAGAGAAAGAGAGAAAAUAGUUUCAUGGCCCAUCUCCACCCCCUAAGUCAGAAACGGACCUCUGUCUGCAGGAGUUCAAGUUAAGAACAGAAGUGUGACCAAGGCGUUACUCUAACUCUAAGAAGAUUAGGGCACAUUGAAUUGCUUCUUUUUAAAACUCCACCUCUUUUGCCCCAAGCUUCCUACACCACCCAAACGCCGAGUCACGGAUCAGUCCAUCUCUUUUUUCACCACACUGGAAAGUCCCUGCUGCAAAUCUGGGAGGGUUAACUGAGCUUUUACCCCAGCCUACUAGCUAACCAAAGGAGACAGCCGGUAAGAUCCAGAGCCCUCCCUCCUGCAAAGCUGGCUAGCCAAUAGGCACCUAGAGGGAGUAUUACCACGGAUCUCAUUGGCUGCCAGCCUCCGUGCAUAAGGAAGAGAGAGGGAGGCUGGCAGGGCAGCAUUGUUAUCUUAAGACACUCAUCUGGUGCCUGAGUCUGCAGGUGACAGUGCCUAGGUAGAGAGUACUGAGUCAGAGCAUGGGAACACAGGGCUACAGGCAGCCUUGGAAUCAAAUCACUGAGAAGAAUCAUUUCCUUGUUUAGCUGUGCCUCAAGCCGGGCUGGGGGACCUCUCUAUUAGUUACCCACCUAUGUGGGUGCACCUUCUGUGUAUAGAGAAGGCAAGAACAAAUCAGCUAGCAGCAUGGUUUUGGCUGAAGGCUGUGGACUUGCCUUUCCCCAUGUGAAAAACAGUGAUUGGGAGGAGAGGGAGUGUGAGUCUUUCUAGAGUUGGAAAAGAAGGCAAGAUCCUGGAUUUCUCCUCUGCAGAGGGACCUGGGACUCUCCAAGGGGCUGGCUCUGUAUUGUCCUUGCUUCUUUCGUCCUGUCUUCACUCUCUCGAUCCGGUCCAGAAGCACUCCUUAACCAUGCUUUGGGUUACCGGAGUUGUUGGUGUACGACUGGAAGAGAGCCCGAGAGAGGUAUAGCAGCACCAGCAGCAAAGGGAAGGCGGAAUUUGGAAGGGGGUAUCCGUGCUCUCUCACAUUCGGAAAGGAAGGCAUUCGCAUUCCCUCCAAAUAUGGGGAGGGGGGAGGAAGCACGUGAAAUCAUGAAAUAAAAACUUUGGAAAGCUGCCACCGGAGAUGUGGUCGGGGCUGAAAAAACCCUGGAAUCGGUUAGCCAUCUCCUCUCAGAAGCUCUGGGGCUUGGGAGCCCCUGAUACGGCAAAGAAGACUCUUGCAAGGACUCAAGUUCCAGGGGCCCUGGAGGAACAGCGCUGACGGGGAGAGUGUGUCGAGAGAAUGAAGAAGCCAACCGCCCAGGAGAAGCAUGAGGCGGCAGUGCAGCGUUAGGUUUAAGGGGCUCCGGCUGGCGAUCCCAUGGGCGACGCUGCUGGCACUAUGUCUUCCCAGCUGGGUCUUUGCCACCACUGCCAUUGCUGCUGCUGCUGCUGCUGCCGCCGCCGCUGCUGUUGUGGCCCCUGAGCAACAUGCCUCUUUGGCUGGUCAGCCCCCUUUGGAUUGGCUGCUCACUGACCGCGGGCCAUUUCACCGUGCUCAGGAGUAUGCUGACUUCAUGGAACGUUACCGUCAAGGCUUCACCACCAGGUACAGGAUUUACAGAGAGUUUGCCCGAUGGAAGGUGAAUAACUUGGCUCUGGAAAGAAAGGACUUUUUCAGCUUACCGUUGCCUCUCGCCCCAGAAUUCAUCCGAAAUAUCCGCCUCCUGGGAAGGAGGCCCAGUGUACAGCAGAUUACAGAAAACCUCAUCAAAAAGUAUGGCACUCAUUUUUUACUCUCUGCAACUCUCGGAGGUGAAGAGUCAUUGACUAUUUUUGUGGACAAGAGGAAACUGAGCCGGAAAGCAGAAGCAAGUGAAGCUACUGGGACUGGAAGAAGUGGGAACAGUUCAGCUGUUUCCCUGGAGACUCUACACCAGCUAGCAGCCUCCUACUUCAUUGACAGAGAAAGCACACUCCGACGUCUCCAUCACAUUCAGAUAGCAACAGCUGCCAUCAAGGUCACAGAGACACGGACAGGCCCCCUGGGCUGCAGUAACUAUGAUAACCUGGAUUCUGUCAGCUCAGUCCUGGUGCAGAGUCCUGAAAACAAGGUGCAGUUAUUAGGCCUUCAGGUGCUGCUGCCUGAGUACCUAAGAGAAAGAUUUGUGGCAGCUGCUCUCAGCUAUAUCACCUGCAGCUCUGAAGGGGAGCUCAUCUGCCGGGAGAAUGACUGCUGGUGUGAGUGUGGACCUGGCUUCCCAGAGUGCAACUGCCCGGAACCAGACAUCCAGGCCAUGGAAGACAGCCUGCUCCAGAUUCAGGACACCUGGGCUACUCACAAUAGGCAGUUUGAGGAGUCAGAAGAAUUCCAGGCCUUGCUGAAGAGACUUCCAGAGGACCGCUUCCUGAACUCAACCACCAUUUCCCAGUUCUGGGCCAUGGAUCUGAGCCUCCAGCACCGCUACCAGCAGCUGGGGGUCACCCUGAAACUGCUGUCCAAGAAAACCCAUCGGGUCAUCCGCCGCCUCUUCAACCUUUGCAAACGCUGCCCCAGACAGCCUCGGUUCUGGCUGCCUAAGGAAAGACCCUUAUCUUAUUGGUGGAACCGGAUCCAGUCCUUCCUUUACUGUGCAGAAAGCACUUUCCCUGGGACUUUCUUGGAGCAGAGCCACAGCUGCACCUGCCCCUAUGACCAAUCCUCCUGCCAGGGUCCCAUCCCGUGUGCCUUGGGGGACGGGCCAGCCUGUGCUGUGUGUGCACCAGACAAUAGCACCCGCUGUGGGAGUUGCAAUGAUGGCUAUGUGCUGACUCAGGGGUUGUGUCGGCCAGAGGUGGCGGAGUCCCUGGAGAAUUACCUGGGCCUGGAGACAGACCUGCAGGACCUGGAACUUAAGUACCUGCUUCAGAAACGGGAUAGCCGCAUUGAAGUGCACUCCAUCUUCAUCAGCAAUGACAUGCGCCUGGGCAGCUGGUUUGACCCCUCUUGGAGGAAGCGCAUGCUUCUGACUCUAAAAAGCAACAAGUACAAGCCAGGGCUGGUCCAUGUGAUGCUGGCUUUGUCACUCCAAAUUUGUCUCACCAAGAACAGCACCCUGGAGCCAGCCAUGGCCAUCUAUGUCAACCCCUUUGGGGGCAGCCAUUCAGAGAGCUGGUUCAUGCCUGUGAAUGAAGGUGAUUUUCCAGACUGGGAAAGGACUAAUGUGGAUGCAUCGGCCCAGUGCCAAAACUGGACGCUCACCCUCGGGAACAAGUGGAAGACCUUCUUUGAGACCGUCCAUGUCUACCUGAGGAGCCGAAUUAAGUCCCUGGAUGACAAUUCUAAUGAGACACUUUACUAUGAGCCCCUUGAGAUGUCUGACCCCUCCAAGAAUCUUGGCUACAUGAAAAUCAACAGCCUGCAGGUCUUUGGCUAUAGCAUGCCCUUUGACCCGGAUGCUAUUCGGGACUUAAUCCUCCAGCUGGAUUACCCAUACACUCAAGGUUCCCAGGACUCUGCGCUCUUGCAGCUCAUUGAGAUCAGGGACCGUGUGAACCAGCUUUCUCCCCCAGGAAAAGUCCGGCUCGACCUCUUCUCUUGCUUGCUUCGGCAUCGGCUCAAGUUGGCCAACAACGAGGUGGGCAGGAUUCAGUCCUCCCUGAGGGCCUUCAACGCCAAACUGCCAAAUCCUGUGGAGUAUGAGACUGGCAAGCUCUGCAGCUAACCUGGGGAACCUGGUGAUGCCCCAGGGGUUGGGAAGCAGGGAGAUCCAAGACUAUCUAAAGGGCCUUACCUUAGUGCCAAUCCUGUGCAUUGAGCAAGUGAGACUUGGAGGCAUGGAUUGAGUCACAUGCUAGGGAGAUAAAAUGGAUGCAGAUCUGGGCACACAGAAGCAUAAAAAUACAAAUACAUCAUCUCCCUCAUGCAGAGACUAAAAAGAAGCAGAAUAUGAUUGGUGAAAUCAAUGAUUUCUGACAUGAGAACAGUUGAGAAGAGAUUUCUUUAAAAGAAAAAAAAAACCUUCUCCAAAAAACCACACUACAGAAAUCCUUAAAAGUGAUUCUUGCCAUUAAAAGGAAAGAAAGAGAAAAGUGGGGUUGAGCACUGGGCCUCCCCCUCCAAGGAGUCACUUUUGUAUUCUUUUUAACCAGAUGUUUCUAACAAUGUAGUGGUUUUGUGUUCCCCAUUUUGGUUUCUCGGUUUUUGUAUUCUUCCUCUGCUGUCCCCUCUCAACACUGCCUUUCCCCUCAGAACGUAUCCCCUUGGGAAGCCCUUGAGAAUGAAACAGACAGAGAUUGUGUUUGUUGCUUCUCCUAGCCAUCCCUAUUCCUCAGUGCCCCCCCCACCUCCUCUUCCUCCUCUCUCUCUGUCCCACCUACAAUCCCAGGGCUCCACACUCCUCCCAUCACCCCCAUGAAUCUUCUCCAUCUAAUUGGACUUCUUCCCUGGAAGCAGUGCUGUCAAGUUAGUAACAGGUAUUCAAUGUAUGGCAACAACUUUCUUUUUUUUUAACGAAAAAUAUAUUUAUUUUAUGAUUUUUUUGUUUGUUAAUUUGCUCCAGCCAAGUGACAUCUGAGUAAAAAUUUACCUGGUUUAAUAUAUUUUUUAAAAAUGCCUUUUUGAGGAAAAAAAAAAGAGAAAAGAGAAAAAAAAGAGUGUCUUUCUCUGGGUUGGCUAGAAUUUUUGUUUGUUACUUUGCCUGCUGUGAACAUGUUGGUGUGCUGUGACUGAACGACUUGAUUGGUGUGGAGGCCUGUGUGCACCUAUGGCAUAGCAAGAUGUCCUGUUCUAGUGUGUUCUAGACAUGUGUGCACAUGUGUCUGUGAUGGGGAAUGUGUGUACAAAUUGUGGGCAUGCGUAUGAAUGAUAAAAAGUCAAUUGAUAGGUACUUAUUAGCUCCUGCUAUGUGAUAGGCACUGAUAGGGGAAAAUACAAGCUCUUCAUUAGUCUAUUCUCUCACCAUAUUGUCUUUGUUCUAGGAUUAGACUCAAUCUGUCCCCAUAGGGGCAAGUACAUGGUAGGUCAGUUUAGACUCUUCUUUCUUCAGAGAGGCAGAGCAGCUCUCUGUUUUGGCUAGUAGCUGGGUGAAGGGCAAGCAAAGUGUGGAAUCUUUAUUUGGCUCUGCUCCCAAUGGCCUCUUGGGCAUUUUCCAAUACCCUUUCUUCCAUGGGAUUGAAUCACUUCCAGGGGAAACUGGACAAAAUCCAGGGAACAGUCUCUCCAAGACCAUACUUUUUUUUUUCUUUUUCACUACCCAUUUUCCUCUUUUAAAAAAAUUGAAUGUGAAAGGAAACUUUUACUUUUGACAUAGAGAUGGAUGCAUCAUUUCCCACCUGGAGCCUGGAAUGGCAAAUGUCUCCUAGCCCAUCUCUAGGUGAAUCACUUUUCUCUCUGUUCUCUACAUGCUCCCAGUACAAUUUGUAGGCAUGACAACCCCCAUCCUGUUCAGGAGAGAGCACCACAUAAAUACCAAGUAUUUCAUUCACCACCUAUGGUACAUCACAGUUGGUAUAACUGGAAUCAGGAGACGGUGGGAAGCCAGUCAGUUCUAUUCAAGCCUGUUCAAAGAUUAUUGUCAUGGCUCUGGCUUCCUGCUUUAUUAUAUUAUAUCACUACCUAUCUUUUUAGUCUACAAGGACCCAAAAUUUUUGUGAGGCAAGUGGCCUAGAGCACUGCUGCCUUCAAAGCUCCCACUGAACCCUUCUGAGUCAGAAUUACUGAGUGAUGACCUGGUCUCAUGAUAAACAGCAUAGAGCAACUCGAGCUUCUAUAUCUGGUUCUGUUGCUCCCUAACUUUGGGAAUUCUCCAUGCCUAUUUUCUCACCUGCCGAGAUGAGGCCAACACUUGUCAUCUACUGAUCCAGGACUGUGGAGUUAAGCUAGAGUGUGUUGCUGGGGGAGGAGAAGGGUUGGUUGGAAAGAGAGAAUGCUUUCAUUGCUUGAUAAAGUGUGCUUGAAAAGUGUGAAGUGAGUGUGGAAAGUGAUUUUACAGCUCUGACAUGCAUGUCUUCAUAUUGUGUGAGUGGGCAGAGAGGCUUUAACUCCCCAAUUAAAGGUAUCAAAGUUUCACGUGGAAGAUUCAGUUACCUGGCAUGGCAGUAUGAGCAUUCUGGGAAGGGUAGCCUCAAAGGGUUGAUUGCACAUCAUUGCCAAAACUGACAGUCUGGAAUUUCAGUAAAAACAGACUUAUUUAUUCAGGCAGAAACUGACAGGACAAAGGAUCAUUGAAUCAUAGAUUUGGUACUGAAUAGGGCCACCGAAGUCAUAUAAUCCAACCUCACUUUAUAGAUGAGGAAACAGGCCCAGAGUGGUUAAGUCUCUUUUGUCCAAGAUUACAUAAGUGCUAAUUGUGGAAGAGGCAGGAUUUGAAUUCAGGCCAUCCAACUCCAAAAUCUGGAUUUUUCCCAAUGGCACUGUGUCUCUCCACCACUCCCAAAUCAGGACAAUCCCCCCAUAAUGGUCCCCCAGCCCUUAAAAUCCCCCAAAUUUUAUGUACCUAGAUUUAUGGGGAAUUAUAGCUGUUUAGUUCUAAAUAAAGGAUCUGGUUUGGGGAAAGAAUGUGGCCUCUUGACUUGGAAAAUGCCCCAGCCUUGGCCUUCUAAACUUGGCUGGUCUACCAGGAAGGUCAUGAUGUAAGAGGUUUUAGAAACACCAUGCUUAACGGUUACCUGCCAGCUCAUUGUUAGUUCAGACUGUUAGGCUAUGAAAGCUGAAGUUUGUCACCUUCAUCCAAGCUAUUCCAAAGAUUUCCCAAAUAACUCCAUGUUGACAAUAGGCUGUUUUAUUAUUAAUUGCAUUGACCCAAUAUUUAGCACAGUGACCAAUACAAUGCUCACUUUGGAGGUGUUCCUCUGGUACUCCUACAAUACCAAAUCCCUUUGUUAACAUAGAUCCUAUGAUAGGUGAGAGACUUAGAGCUAGAAGCAGCCUCAGAUGUCCUCUAGUCCAAAGCUUUCAUGUUACAGAAGCCUAGAGAGAUUGUGGAUUGCCUAAGGGU